AUGAAAUUAAAAAUUAUUUUAAUAUUAUUAAUAACAAUAUCAUUGGCUACUAAAUGUUUAUCACUAAUAGAAAUCUGUUCUGAUCCAAAUAGAUAUUCAAGAAUUUUAUUGGACAAAGUUAAUGAACAAAUUGAUUGCCUUUUUCUUGGAAAUGGUGAAACUCCAUUUAUAUAUUCAGUUCCAAUGCAUAGUAAAUCUGUAUGGAGGAAAUUUUUUAAUUUACCUGAUGGUUAUAUAAAUUUACUUUGGAGAAAUCCUAUCACUGGUGAUUUCAUAGUUGGUGAUAAUUCAUUACAACCAGAUGGCCACAGAUCAGCUACAAUUUUUAAUACAACGUCUCGUGAACUUGGUAAAGUGAUUAGUUCAAGUAGUUUAAAUACAGCAUAUAAAAAUUAUUUCAGUGUUGCAAAUGCAGGUUCAUUCGCAUAUGAUCCUACAAAUAAUUUAAUUUAUAUGUGUAGUGUUUAUGAACGUGGUGUGUUCCCAUUAACGUCAACAUCAAUGGAUAAAGCAACUGUAGGAAUAAGAGAAACUGGUACAUGUGAACAAAUCAGAAUAAUGAAUAAUGUAUUCUACUUUUUAGAUUUCGCUUUAAAUGGUACAAAAUCAAAUAUUUACUCAAACACUACUGGUGAAUUAUUUAAUCAUUAUGCAAGUUCUCCAAUAUUAGUCUCUGACACUACAAUUAAAGAUUUUGAUGUUUCUUCAACUCAUUUAUACUAUGCAAACUCUUUUACCAAUAAACUUUUUGAAAUUCCUUUACCCAGUCUAAAAAAUUAUUCUCCAAAAAGAGAAAUUCUCAAUUUUAUGCCUGAUUCAUUUGGUUAUCAUAAUGGUUAUAUUUAUUAUUCAUUUAAAAAUUCACUUAAAAAAAUUUCAGUUGAUCCAAACUCAAAUUCAAAACCUGAACUUAUUUAUGACUUUGAUACCACGGGAAGUUAUUAA